CUUCCUCUUCUGUCACAAAAUACAGAUACAUACUUUACACUUUCAGUGUUCAUGACACAACGCUCAGCCACCCCUGGUCCCUUUGACUACUCUAUGAUCCACCAGAUAACAGCAGAUUGACAUGGACAAACAUUUACAAGGAGGGAAAGCAUUUGGAUUCCUCAAGUCUCAGCAGGAUGUGAAACUGAACUCCAUCAAUGAGGUUUUUCUCACAGAUCCUAAAUAUGCAGAGGAGGAGGACCUCAGCUCAAAACUGGAAAUGUUUAAAAACAAAUACAUGGAAUUUGAUCUCAAUGACCAAGGAGACAUUGACAUGAUGGGGCUGAAGCGCAUGUUGGAGAAGCUGGGUGUGGCAAAGACUCACUUGGAGCUGAAAAAGAUUAUGUCAGAUGUGGUUGGCGGUGCUGCACGAGACACGUUCUGUUACACAGACUUUCUCAAUAUGAUGCUAGGGAAGAGGAAUUCCAUACUCCGACUGAUCUUGAUGUUUGAGGAGAAAGGGAAAGACCAGGAGCCCAAAGAGAGUGGACCACCGCAAAGAAAGACUUUUUCAGAUCUGCCCUGAAUGCAAUUAGUUAUGGAUCCAAUCUGUUCAUAUAAAACCUGAAUGUCAAAUGAACCGGGUUAUACAGGUUUCAUUGGAAGGAAUAAAGAAAGGUUUGAUUGAUCCAUAGGCAUGUCCAUUUGUUGGUGAAAAACGUGUGUGCAGCUGCAGAACCUCAUAUCAAGCAAUUGAUCGAAAAUAUACUUAACAAAGUAUAUCAAUUGUCAGCAUUUCUGAUAAAAUGAUAGAAUCCCAUAACAGAUGAGUGUUUGUGUAAUGGUGAAAAACAUCACUCAAAGUCAAAAGUAAAAUUAUAUAUUCCAUUUCUUUCUAUGUACGUGUCGAAUAAAAAUAGAGUAAACCUUG